UAGGAACGAUGGAGCAGGUAGAUGACAGCAUCCUCAAUCCCCAUCUUUGUUUGGUAAGCGAACUGCAGGGGCUACCUUUAGGUAGAAGGUACAGGAGCCUGAAGACUGCAACAACCAGGUUCAGGAAUUACUACUUCCCAACAGCCAUCAGGCUAUUAAACCUGGCUCGGACAAAACUCUGAUUAUUAAUAAUCCAUUAUCUGUUAUUUGCACUUUAUCAGUUUAUUUAUUCAUGUGUGUAUAUAUUUAUAUUAUGGUAUAUGGACACACUUAUCUGUUUUGUAGUAAAUGCCUCCUAUGUUCUGUGUGCUGAAGCCAAGCAAGAAUUUCAUUGUCCUAUCAGGGACACAUGACAAUAAACUCAUUUGAACUUGAACUUGAACUUGAACUUGAUCCAGAUAGGGUUUAGCCAGGGGUCGCAGGUGAGUGAGCACCAGCUCCUCCAGGGACUUCAUGAUAUAUGAAGUCAGCACCACUCGUCUGCAGUCAUUGCGGGAGAUGGGGCGUGUCAUCUUUGUUACAGGAACCAGGCAGGGUAUCUUCCACAUCACAGGAACCCUCUCCAGGCUCAGGCUCCUGUUGAAGAUAUGCUGGAGUACUCUGCACAACUGGCUGGCACCAUCGGGACCGGUGGCUUUGCCUGGGCAGAGUCUGCUCAGCACUUUCCUCACCUGCUCAGCCUUGAUGGUCAGGUGCAACAAAGAAAGGGCAGAAGACGUGGACCACAGAAUGAGGAAUUCUGGUUUCCUUCAUCAUUGCUCAAAACGCCCCGGUCAUCCAUGAGGCGGGAGGCUCCACCUCCACAGAUAGGGAACACCAUUCUUCGUUUACACGGAGAUUAUGCUGACGUUUAUUUAGAGGUCAAGAACUUAAUCUUUAAUCCUCAGGCCCGAGCUCAAAUGAAGAAGUUGUUAAGCAAAUGGGUUUUCAUUAAAAGCAGAAGCGAAACCCCAUGACUUCCCGGCCAGUCACAUGCAAUGCCGUGCGGGAAUCCCAAAGGGGAAGAGUUGGAGUGAAAUCUGCCCUUGGUUGAUGAUAUAUCAAGGGACGCGGCAGUGGCCAAGUACAAGUGGCAGGAGCGAGUCGGUACCUACCGUAACCAAGGUUCCAGCACGGGGUGCGGUUGAACAGUGACCGUCGCUGAACCAAGAUGUCCCAGUGCCCUAGAGGAGGAGCUGUGAUCCACCACAAGGUGGUGGACGGCAAACAUCGCUACAGGAUUGGAGAGGUCCUGCAGAGCAAAAGCGCACGCUUUCCUUUCAGGAGCGGCGACCAAUUGCUGCAGAUAAACGGGGAGAAUGUGUUGGCUUUCCCACCCGAGACCUUGGCUGAGAUACUGAAAGAGAGAUUCAUACUGCUGACUCUUCACAGUCCCAGCAUCAAGACAGAGUCAGCUGAGCCCAGCGAGGAUGUGGGCCCAGUGUACCAGCCGUACAACAAGAAAGAGAUCCAGCUCCAGUUCAGCUUAGCCAUGGUGCAGAAGGAUGACGGCUGCAAGGGGUUGGAGAGCUUGGCUUCAGUCCAUGACAAUGACGCUACCAUCGGGGGGAAGGAUGGGACCUGUCCAGCUCCAGAAACACCCCUCACACCUCUGAACCUCCCGCAGCCCAGCAGCGUGGGAGAGGAAAAUGGAGGGGUGGUUUGUGACAAGGAUGAGGCACGGGUAUUGCUGGUGGCACUCAAUCACUUUGCGGUUUCCGUGGUCCGGGCUCGGGGGCCUCACUGCUCCUCGGGAACACUGUGCCCAGUGUGCAAGCAGGCGGAGUGUGAAAUACAACAUGUGAAUGUCAGCACAGAGUCCAAAACAGAGGUCUACUACCUAAAAGAAGAGGCUUCUCCCAAUGAAUGCUGUGGAAUGAUGAUGAAAGUAAUGAAUAGCGAUUGUCCAUUUCUGAUUCACAACGACCGAGACCAGUACUUGCGACCUGGGGUCUGCCGCAGAAGAAUAGUCCUUAGUCGGCAGAAUUCCGAGUCUGCCCAGAUGACCAUCUUUUAUUAUAAAUCCAAUAAAAUACCCAAUCCGUAUCAUGGGCUGCCAGUCGUGCUGAAGUUCUCCAACACCAACUGUUUCCUGAUGUGUCACAGUGAGGAGCUUAACAUACUGCUCAGGAUAGAGGAAUGCAGCUCUGAGUCUCUGAAGAAUAUUGCAGAGGGGAGCCCGACAUGGCGUUUCAUCUUCUACAUGAAGGAGCAGCAAAAUGGUACCCUCAGCUUCGAAUCGGCUCGGUACCCAGGCUGGUUCAUCAACAACAAGUGGAACGAAAAAGAGGGCUGAAAUGAAAAAAACCGUGGAAGAAACGCUAAAUGCAGAUUUUAUAUUUAUUUUACUGAAAGUAUGAGUUUUGAUGGUCGUAGGGAAUAAAAUUACUCUGCUAAUUUACCUUUGCUGACUAGUGAAGACGGCACUAAAUGUUCUGGAACUGAUUCAUCAUAGAUUCAGUCCACUCUCCACUCUCCCACCUACUCACCCCCACAGUUUAAAGCAGCAAACUGAUCUGCACCCCAACCCUACCCCACCAGCAGACAGGUGCGCAGCGAGACAGAGUUGACUCCAACCAUCCAGGAGGCAUCAGGUAGCGCAUCUGUGGAUAAACCCCAGGAAUACCCGCUGCUUGCUGGCUGAUAAAGGCUUUUCACAAUUUUUAUAUGACAGCUAUUGAAAUAGAUUUAAACACUCAAUAAAUAAUAUAUAUUAAACAGACUUUGAAAUAUUUAUUUAAGCAUUAUUUCAAUGUUUUUAAUUAAUUGUCAGAAUAUUUAAGUAAUUAGAAACCUACAGGCUAUUCCCGGGUAACGAAUGGGCUCUGACUUUACUGGCAUCCAUUAACUCUCUUGCAAUGUGUUCCAGCAUUCACCACUCUCUGGGUGAAGAAGGUUCCCCUCAGAUCUCACUGUUCAAACUUCCUACUUACUUGCUGUUAACUGACAUCAUUUGUGGGGCAGCUGCUGGAAUCUAUUAAUGUUGCUAGAUUCAUUGACCAUAGACAGCUGGGUCUCUCUGCACACCAACACCUUUCAAUCCAUCAGCAUUAAAAAAUACUCUGUAUUCCCACGUCUUCUACCCGAGUUUCAUUUUUCCACAUUAUAUUCCAUCUGACGUGCUCUUGCCGAUUCACUUACCUCAUAUCCCACUAAACUGUCUCCACAGCCUCUGAACCCACACUGCCAUCUAGCUUUGAAUCUUUGUAUUA